AUGCCAUCAUUACUUUCCUCUUUAUUCCGUAUGGUUCCUCUCUUCUCUCUUCUUUUAUUAUCACUCAUGAUUCAUUGUAGUAGUGCUCAGGGUCCACCUUCACCUGGCUACUACCCUAGUUCCAAAAUUAGCCCGGUUAGCUUUGAUCAAGGAUUUAGAAACCUUUGGGGACCUUUUCAUCAGAAACUAGACCAGGACACAUUAACAAUCUGGCUUGACUCUUACUCAGGAAGUGGAUUCAAGUCACUUCAUUCCUAUCAAUCUGGAUACUUUGGUGCUGCGGUUAAGCUUCAAUCUGGUUAUACUGCCGGAGUCAUUACAUCUUUCUACCUUUCAAACAACCAAGACCACCCAGGAAACCAUGAUGAAAUAGACAUUGAGUUCCUUGGUACCAUACCAGAUAAGCCAUAUGUCUUGCAGACAAAUGUAUUCAUAAGAGGAAGUGGAGAUGGGAACAUUGUAGGAAGAGAGAUGAGGUUUCACCUUUGGUUCGACCCAACGCAAGAUUUUCACAACUAUGCCGUUCUAUGGACCCCCAGUGAGAUCAUAUUUUUUGUGGAUGAUGUUCCAAUAAGGAUGUAUCCUAGGAAGAGUGAUGCCACGUUCCCCACAAGACCAAUGUAUGUGUACGGUUCAAUAUGGGAUGCAUCUUCAUGGGCUACAGAGGGUGGAAAAUACAAAGCUGACUAUAGCUACCAACCCUUCGUUGGUAGAUACAAAAACUUAAAAUUGCAAGGUUGUACCACUGAAGAUUUUGCCUCAUGCCAACCUCCAUCUGCCUCACCACCAGGCUAUGGAAGCCUUAGCCCUCAGCAAUUUGAUGCAAUGCAAUGGGUUCAAAACAACUACUUGGUCUAUGACUAUUGUCAUGAUCCAAGGAGAGACCAUACACUUACUCCAGAAUGUUGA